CUUUACAAAAUAUAUGAUAAGCUUAUCAAAGAGAUGGAAUCUGAAGUGAUUCAAAUUGUGCAAGGCAAUGAAACUACUGAAUUUGCUUGUACUAUUAGCAACCCAAUCAGCAUUAGAAAGAAAGGUCAAAAGCUCAAAAAUGUGAGUGAGAAUCAUAAAGGCAAAAAAAAACAAGUGGUUGAAUGUAAUCAGAAUAAAGAAAAUAGCAUUUAUGAUAAUGACCAUGGAGAAUUGCCACAUAAAAGGCUUCGAAAAGCAUUACAAGAUAAUUUAAAUACAGCACAUUUAGAUGAUGUGGAAUUUGUAGCCAAAAAGGCCAUAAUGCACAAACUUAUUCAAAUAACAAUUAAGUCAAGAACUAAAUUUGUAGCUUAUUAG